AAUUAAAAAAAAACAUAUACAAGUGGUAAACUACAUGUAAGCAAGCUGAAAAAAAACUUGAACAAACAAAUAACGUGUAGAGUGUUUUCAGUUUUGAUUUUAUCUAUUAAAAACGACAAAAAUGUGGUAUUGGACACAUUCUUGUUGUUAAAAUUUUAGUUUUUAGUCAAUUGUUAAUUGAGAAAUAGUGGAAAAUUGUAUAUAUAAAUACUGAAGGAGACAAAACUUAGUCAAUAUUCGCAAUGAAACUUGUGUGGAGCAUUUUUUGUUGUAUUUUAUUCACUGUACAAUCGCUUGCGAGUAAAAGUCAUCCCAUUACAACUUUACUUAAUGCAAAAUGGGAAACAACGCCAAUCUGUCUUGAGAUCUCGGAAUUUUUGUUCGAUGAAAGUCCAAAUCUUUAUUGGGAAUAUGUAAAUUCGUUGAAUAAACUACCGCAACCACUUUAUGAACUGGAUACCGAUGCAAAGGUUUACAAAUCGGCUUUAUCAGCCGCGGAAAAAUUGAUUGGCCCGAUUCAAGCGUCUUUGUUGAAAUUGGUGCUCUCCAUGCAUACAAUGUCACCGCGCGUUCAAGCCCAUUUUCAAGUCGCUAGAGAAAUACUCGAACAAGGUGACUGUAAAACUGACACAUUCAUCACAAUUGGUACACGUGUCGCUUGCAGCCUUGAUGAACUUAAAAAGGGAAUUGAAAAAGUGAAAAAUGCAAAUAACCAAGAACAAAAAGACGAUAUUUACAGUUUCGAUCACAUCUAUCCGGGUAGCGAAAAUAAUACAAUAACUGCCAUUCUUUACAGUGAAAUUGGUUCACAAGAUUUCAAAACGUUCCACGAGUACUUAAGUAAACAAGCUGAAACUGGAUUGGUAAAAUAUGUAUCUCGGCAUUUUGUGAGAAAAUCUGGAUCAUCCCGUGUUCGAUUAUCUGGCUACGGUGUCGAGCUUUAUCUAAAGUCAACCGAAUAUAAAAGUCAGGAUGAUUCUCCGCGAUCGGAUGAUUCAAACACCAUGGACGAUGCAAAUGAUGUCGACAAUGAAGUUGAAGGAUUUGAUUUUAAGAUAUUAAAAGAACGUUAUCCAGCUUUGGCACAUUCGUUGGAUCGUCUACGUAGUUCGCUGUUGGAAAAAAGUGAUGAGAUUGCACCGUUAAAAGCAUGGGAAUUUUCGGACUUGGGUUUACAAGCUGCUGAACGUGUAGCGCAAAUUCAAGGCGAAGAAGCUCUUCAAAUCUUACAAUUCACUGCGCAAAAUUUUCCGUCUCAAGCUAAAUCACUGCUUCAUGUUCGGGUGUCGGAAGAUUUCAAAAAGGAAAUGAAACACAAUACCGAUGUGCUUGCCAAAGAACUAAAUUUUCAACCACCCGAUGCAUCACUCUACAUAAAUGGAUUGUAUUUCGAUGCAGAAACACUUGACGUUGGUAAUUUGGUUGAAACUCUGCGCGGUGAACUACGAGUUUUGUGCGGUUUACAUAAAUUGAAGCUCGGAGGUUCAGUCGCUUCAGAUUUGCUUGCUUUAGAUCUCGCACAGCCAGAAAAUAUUGAAUUUGCCGUCGAUAUACGAGACUCAGCCGUUUUAUGGGUUAAUAACAUCGAAACCGAUUCAAAGUACCGUACAUGGCCCUCGACAGUUUACGAUUUAUUACGACCAUCAUUCCCAGGCAUGGUGCGCAGCAUUCGUAAGAAUAUCUUCAAUUUGGUGCUUAUUAUCGAUCCAAUAACACCAAAUGCACGUGAAAUCACAAAAUUAGUGGAAAGUUUUGUCGCACAUUCUGCCCCAAUUCGUGUUGGUAUUGUAUUUGAUACAAGAAAAUCCAAUUCAAAAUCGGAAAAGAUUUAUCGUUCAUUGUUUUGCGCAUGGAAUUACAUUAGUCAAAAUAAACGACCAUUGAAUGCACUUUCAUUUUUAACCGAUCUCUUUGCAUACCAUAGUCCUGACGAAGAUAUCACAUUCAGUUCGAUUCGUAAACAAUUUGAAAAAUCAUCAAAAGAAUUGAAUAGCGAUCAAGUGGAUGAAGUUCUCGGAGAAGAUUCCGACUAUGAUUAUGGUCGCCAGCUUGCUCUUGAAUUUGUUGAGCGGUUAGGCUUUGAAAAAUCGCCACAAGCUCUCAUGAAUGGUGUGCCAUUGGAAGAAACACUUUUAAACGAUCAAAAAUUCGAAGAAGCCAUUUUGUCAGAAGUUCUUAUGGCAACAGUACCAUUCCAGAAGGCUGUGUUCAAUGGUCAGCUAACUGAUGAUAUGGAUAUUAUCGAUUACAUCAUGUCCCAAACAAAUGUUAUGCCUCGAUUGAACAAAAGGAUAAUGGCAAAAGAAGAUACAUCAUUCAUGGAUUUCUCUGGUGAACCGCAUAAAAGUUUGGAAAAUAUCAAGCUGCUGGCUCAACUAUCGGCUCGUGAUAUGACUGCAACUUUAUUGCAUAAUUUGAAAUACUUCACAACAAAGAACUCAGAAGAGCGUAUAUUAGGGAAAAAACUGAGUUUGCUUACUAUUUGGGUUGUGGCUGAUGUUACAACAAAACAAGGCGCCGAAAUGCUUAAGAACGCUCUACUGCAUAUGAAAUCCACGUCCAGUAUUCGUGUCGCAUUCAUUCCAAAUACUGAAGGUAUUGCCGUUGCUGAUCGUUCGAACUUAAAUCGUUUGGUUUGGUCUGCGGUGAAUACACUGCCAGGUCCAAAAGCAACGUCAACUGUUUUGGAAUGGUUGGAAUCAGAAACUGAAAAAACAAUUCCAUCCGAAGUGAAUGAAAUUCUUUCGGAAUCCGAAUUACACAUGAAAAUGUUGCGUGUUUAUGCACAGCGUGUGUUGCAAUUGAAAGCAGCUCAAGCAGCGGUCAUUUCAAAUGGAAAGAUUCUUGGACCAUUGGAUGAGAAUGAAAUAUUUACCGUUGAUGAUUUUACACUGAUCGAACGGUUGCACAACUUUUUGCAUGGAGACAAAAUUCGCGAAGCAUUAAAGAAAUACGAUGAUGUUGAAGAAUCAGACAGUAUGAGCACAGAAGACAGUGAUUUAGUUUUGAAACUCGUUGGUUUGUUGGUGCCACGGCAAACACGAACUCGCGUUACAAUUCCAACAAACAUUCGUGAUGCUCAUUCAGUUGUCAAUCUGCCACCAAAACAAAAUGAUAUGCCAUACAUUGAAGUAUUUGCUGCUUUAGAUCCAGCAUCGCGUGGCGCACAAAAAUUGGCACCAAUUUUAAUUCUAUUAAGAAAUGUUGUGAAUUGUAAUAUGCGUGUUGUGCUCAGUGCUGUAGAAAAACACAGUGAUAUGCCGGUCAAGAAUUUCUAUCGUUAUGUCAUCGAACCUGAGAUUCAAUUCCAGUCUGAUGGAAAAUUCGCAGCCGGUCCAUACGCAAAAUUUGUUGGAUUACCAAGUAGCCCAUUGUUGACGCAAAAUCUGCAGGUUCCCGAAAAUUGGCUGGUCGAAGUGGUUCGGUCUGUUUACGAUUUGGACAAUAUCAAAUUGAUCGAUAUUAAUGGUCCAGUGCAUAGUGAAUACGAGCUCGAAUAUUUACUGUUGGAAGGUCAUUGCUUUGAUUCUACCAGUGGAUCGCCGCCACGUGGAUUGCAAAUUACCCUUGGUACUGAUUACAAACCAGUCGUUGUGGACACAAUUGUAAUGGCGAAUUUGGGUUAUCUUCAACUCAAAGCCAAUCCGGGAGCUUGGAUUUUACGAUUACGUCAAGGCAGAAGUGCUGACAUUUACGACAUCACAAGUGCUGAUGGCCCAAAUACCGUUCACACCGAGGAUGGUGCAACACGGGUCAUUAUUAGUUCAUUCAGAUCUCAUGUAAUAAAACUGCGUGUGACAAAGAAGAAAGGAAAAGAACGUGCUGAUUUGCUUGCCGAUGACGAUGAUGCAAAUGCAGGCAUUUGGAAUUCAAUUACAAGUUCAUUUUCUGGCACUAAUUCUGAUGCUAAUGAACCAGAAACAAUCAAUAUUUUCUCAGUGGCUUCGGGCCACUUGUAUGAACGUCUGCUUCGUAUUAUGAUGCUUUCGACGAUGAAACACACAAAGAGUCCGGUUAAAUUUUGGUUUUUGAAAAACUUCCUAUCGCCACAAUUCAUUGAAUCUCUUCCGCACAUGGCAAAUGAAUAUAAAUUCCAAUAUUCAUUGGUUCAAUAUAAAUGGCCAAGAUGGUUACAUCAGCAAACCGAAAAACAACGAAUCAUUUGGGGAUAUAAGAUCUUGUUUUUGGAUGUAUUGUUCCCAUUGGACGUUAAAAAGAUUAUCUUCGUUGAUGCUGAUGCAAUUGUACGAGGUGACAUUAACGAAUUGAAUGCAAUGGAUUUGGGAGGUGCUCCUUACGCUUACACGCCAUUCUGUGAUUCACGUAAAGACAUGGAUGGUUUCCGAUUCUGGAAACAAGGAUAUUGGCGUAAUCAUUUACAGGGUCGCAAAUAUCACAUUUCAGCACUUUACGUCGUCGAUUUGAAACGUUUCCGAAAAAUUGCCGCUGGUGAUCGAUUACGUGGACAAUAUCAGGCUUUAAGCCAAGAUCCAAACAGUUUGUCCAACUUAGAUCAAGACUUACCAAAUAACAUGAUUCAUCAAGUUGCCAUAAAAUCAUUGCCACAGGAGUGGUUAUGGUGCCAAACAUGGUGCAGUCAAAAGGAGUUUUCGAAUGCUAAGGUUAUCGAUUUGUGUAAUGAUCCUCAAACAAAAGAACCAAAACUUACUGCCGCUCAGCGAAUUGUACCCGAAUGGAAAGACUAUGAUACUGAAAUCAAGAACCUACUGAGCAGAGCGCAAGACCAAGAACAUGAAGAUGAAGUUAUUGAACCCGUUUCAACGGAUACCAAAUCCGAAUCGAUCGGCGACAAAGAAAAACACACUGAAUUGUGAUUAUUGUUCGUUUUAAGUUUUCGCAUUUAGAUCGCAUAAAACUGCGUAUUUGAUUGUUUUACACAUUUUUUGUAUAUUAGAAGAAACAAAUAAAUCAAUUCCGAAUGAAUACAAAUUAUAAA